AGAAGACAGCUGCGCGCAUGCGCCCCCAAAACACCUUGAGGAGAUGGUUCGGGUCUGGUUUGGCUCUGUGAGAUUGUGAUCCAGAUGCUGGAGUCAGUCCUGCGGCGGUUCCGACCGCUCUCUGCCGCCUCGGUGCGCUCUCUCAGCGGGUUUCCGCCCUUGUUUCCUGCCGCGCAGGUCCGGAAGACCUUCCUGGACUUCUUCCAGGAGAGCCACGGACACAUUCUGGUUCCGUCUUCUCCCGUCCGACCCAGAGGAGACCCGAGCUUGCUGUUCGUGAACGCCGGUAUGAACCAGUUCAAACCCGUCUUCCUGGGAACGGCAGAUCCGCGCAGCCCGAUGGCAACAUACCGCAGAGUGGUCAACAGUCAGAAAUGUGUCCGAGCUGGCGGGAAACACAAUGAUCUGGAUGACGUGGGCAGAGACGUCUAUCACCACACCUUCUUCGAGAUGCUCGGGAACUGGUCCUUUGGAGACUACUUCAAGGAGGAGGCGUGUCACAUGGCGUGGAGCCUCCUAACAGAGCAUUAUGGGAUACCUGCAAACCGGCUGUAUGUGUCUUAUUUUGGUGGGGAUUCUAAGUCGAGGUUACCGGCGGAUGAGGAGACGCGACGCAUCUGGCUGGAUCUGGGGGUUCCUCCUGCUCGCAUCCUGCCAUUCGGACUGAAGGACAACUUCUGGGAGAUGGGGGACACAGGUCCUUGUGGACCCUGCACCGAGAUCCAUUAUGACCACGUGGGGGGCCGAGAUGCCGCGGCACUGGUCAACGCAGACAGUCCAGAUGUGGUGGAGAUCUGGAACCUGGUCUUUAUUCAGUACAACAGGGAGGCGGACCACAGUCUGCGUCCACUGCCCAAGUUCUGCGUUGAUACUGGAAUGGGUCUGGAGAGGCUGGUGAGCGUCCUGCAGGGGAAACGGUCCAACUACGACACUGACCUGUUCACUCCGCUGCUGGACGCCAUCCACCAGAGCUCCGGGGUGGGGCCUUACCUCGGCAGGACAGGUGCAGCAGAUGAAGGACAGGUGGACAUGGCCUACAGAGUGGUGGCGGACCACAUACGGACUUUAUCGGUCUGCAUUGCAGAUGGAGUCCAUCCUGGCAUGUCAGGACCCGAGUUGGUUCUGAGGAGGAUUCUGAGGCGAGCAGUCCGGUUCUGUGUCGAAGUCCUGAAGAUUCCACAGGGAGCACUGGGCAGCCUGGUUCCCACUGUCGUUCACACACUGGGGGACGUGUACCCAGAGCUGUCCGUGGACGUGGACCGGAUUACAGACGUGAUCAACGAGAACGAAGCUCACUUCCUGUCUUCUCUGGAGCAAGGCAGCAGGAUCAUUCGACGAACCCUCAGCAAGCAGGAGACCAGAGACGACCCGUUUCCUGCCUCAGUAGCCUGGUCUCUGCACCGGGACUUGGGCUUUCCUCUGGACCUGGUGGACCUGAUGUUGGAGGAGAAAGGCGUCCAGGUUGACCGCGAGGAGCUGGACCGACUGGUCGCCCAGCAUCAGAAGGCAGCGUCUGAGCUGCAGUCAGAUGCUCCAUCACAAGUGACGCCGGAUGUUCUCAGCCUGGCGGCGCUGCUGCGUCUCGGACUUCCCCACACCGACGACAGCCUCAAGUACCAGUACCAACUGGACCGAGGCCGAUACGUGUUCCCAGCAUGCCAUGCGACCGUUCUGGCCCUGUAUGAUGGCCAGGUUCUGGUUCCUGAGGUCCGUGAAGGUCAGCGCUGUGGAGUGGUUCUGGACCAGACCUGCUUUUAUUCUGAGCAGGGGGGGCAGUCACAUGACCUGGGAUACUUCACCCGCACCGGGCUUCCGGAUGUUCUGUAUCCCGUGGAGGCGGUGGUCCGGGCCGGGGGGUAUGUGGUCCAUCAGGUGACCGCAGCCGACAGCCUGAAGACCGGAGACCACAUCCAGCUGCACCUGGACCAGGUCCACCGGCUGUCCUGCAUGGUGAACCAUACAGCCACCCACGUCCUGAACUUUGCUCUGAGGAAGGUUCUGGGUCCGUCUGUCCAUCAAAGAGGUUCUCACGUGUCCGCAGACCGCCUGCGCUUUGACUUCAGCGUCAAGGGUUCCCUCGGCUCCUCUGAACUCCAGCAGGUAGAGAGGUUUGUUAAUGACAUCAUUGCUGCUAAUCAGAUGGUCCACAGCUCAGAGCUUCCCCUGCAGAGAGUCAGGACCAUCCCAGGACUGAGAACUGUGGAUGAGGUGUAUCCCGACCCAGUCCGUGUGGUGUCUCUGGAAGUUCCGGUGUCUGAGCUUCUGGAUGCCGAGAUGGAUAGAGAGACGUCUGUGGAGCUCUGCUGUGGAACACAUCUGCUUCAGACCGGCGCCAUUGAGGAUCUGGUGAUCGUCUCCGAGAAACAGCUGGCGAAAGGAGUAAGUCGGAUCAUUGCUGUGACGGGACAGGAAGCCAUACAGGCACGGGAGACGGGGCGGGCUUUGUCUCAGGAUGUGGACUCUAUGUCAGCGAGAUUGCCAGGCUCCGCCCACUCCAGCCUUGACUACGCCCAGCGCAUUUCCAGGGAGGCCAGUGUCUUGUCUGAUGCUGUGGAUAACGCCUCCAUGCCACAGUGGCAACGCAGAGAACUGCAGGGCCGCCUGCGAACAAUACUGAGGACCACCAAUACGCUCAUCAGGAAACUGGAGGCCAGAGAGGCUGGCAAGAAAGCUCAGGGUCUGCUGGAGAAGAACAACAUAAAGGAUCUGCUGGUGGACUCGGUGGACACGGACUCACUGUCGGUUCUCAUGAAGACCGUAAACCUGCUAAGCUCCGCCUCUCCGCUCAGUCAUGUGAUGCUUCUCGCUCACCAGAGGGAUUCUGGGAAAAUUCUUUGUGCCUGUCAGGUUCCCAAGGACUCGACGGCCCUCGCUGCCUCUGAUUGGGCGAUGGAAGUGUGUGGCCAUUUUGGGGGGCGGGCUGGUGGCUCUGCUGUAGUUGCCAAGGGAACAGGAAUCAGCAAUGACAUUACUGAGGCCCUGAGGUGGGCUGAACACAUUGCCCGUCAGAAAAUACGAUGAUGUAAUUGUGAUGUCAGUGUGGCCCCGCCCACUGCAGACUUGAUUUCUUUGUUUUAGAAGAAAUAAAGUGACACAUUUGUUC